UGUUGCUCCUUGAGAGAAAGCUGAACACUGGCCAAAAGAGGAGUCUGGUGCGAGAAGUAUUCAGCCAACUUAAGAAGUCAUGUCGCUCAUAAACAAAGUAAUUCAAAAAGCUGAAAAAGAACCAGGACUACAUUACCGUAAUCCGAGUGUUCCUCAUGUUUGCGCCAUACCCGGCGGUUUAUCCAUUGGCACGAAGAUUUUCAUACAGGGAACGGUACCUAAGAACCCCGAUAGGUUUGCUAUAAACCUCCAGAGGGGCAGUGACCCUGAGAGUGCAGACAUUUAUUUUCAUUUCAACCCUCGCUUCCAGGACACCGUAUGUGUUGUACGGAACUCAUAUUCUGGUGAGUGGGGUGAGGAGGAAAAAGAUGGUGAUUCCCCUUUCAGUCCCACUAUGCCUUUUCUGAUGGUCAUCAGUGCCUUUUCAAAUGAGUAUGAGGUUGAGGUGAACAAUAAUACUUUCACCACUUUCAAGCAUCGGGAAGGACUACCUCUCAGUAACGUUACGCACCUGUCAAUCACCGGUGACGUCAUUAUACAAGCUGUACAGAUACCCAUGGAGGCACUUCCGAAACACCUACGUUUCUCCAUACCUGGCGAGACGAAGACUGGAGAUAUGUUUUGUAUUCGUGGAGAAGUCUCGGGUGAUGCAGAAAGGUUUAUCGUUAAUAUUCAAUGUGGACCAGGAAUGGCUGAUGACGUUGUCUUUCAUUUCAAUCCCCGUUUUCCUGAUGGUGUGGUGGUUCGUAACACCCGUUCAGACGACACAUGGGGAGAAGAAGAACGCGAUGGGAAUAUGCCUUUUACUCCAGGAGAAUCUUUCGAGUUAGUAAUUUGUGCUGCUAGCGAUGGGUUUCACACGAGGGUGAAUGGACAAGAGUUUAUAAAGUUUGAUCACCGCCUGGAGAUGCACAAGGCAUGCACUCUCUAUAUUGAAGGAGAUGUUGCUAUAAAAGAUGUGUGGAUUAACAGCACUCCGACCAAGUUACCUCCUGAAUUUGAUGAUGAUACCCCACGUGACCUUCAAAGGAGUUCCUUACAGCAGUUUUUUUCUCUGAAUGACUCUGCCGUUUGUCGCAUCUCUAACGGAUUUUGUCCUGGCUCCAUCUUAGUUAUUUCUGGUGCUGUGGUUAAAGAACCUUCUCGGUUUUCAGUGAACCUGCAAUGUGACAGUUGUGAAGAUGCUGAUAUCCUAUAUCAUUUCAAUCCUCGCUGGGACGAUCCCGAAGGAGAAGUGGUUGUGCAGAACUCUCGAGAUGAAGGAGUGUGGGGGGAGGAGAUACGGACAAGCGAAAAGUUUCCUUUUUUCCCCGAAAGUAAUUUUGAUAUUCAGAUUUUUUGCCAAGCGGAUAACUAUCGCGUUGCUGUAAAUGGUGUAUCCUACGUCGAGUUCCCGCAUCGGCUGGAUCUGUCUCGCGGGGACCACGUUCUGGUGCACGGGGAUGUUCACAUCCAACGUGUAUUGUUACUCUAAAAGUUGUCGUUCUAUCCAUUGAUACAACGUGCAUCUGUUCGCCUUAUUUUAUUAUAGAGAUAUUUUGUGAGUUCAGGACAACAAAGUAUGGACAGAUUUUUUGCAACAUUAUUUUCGUUUGCUUUGUAAUCUUUAACUUUCGAUUAACCCAAUAAAAAGGUGGCGCUAAUCAAUGUGGUACUAGUCAGCAAAGACACUUUGAAGUUCUGAGCAUGUUUUUUUUUCAUUUGAUUUUGGUGUAUACUUAACAGUGUGAGCAUUCACUCACUAACUGAGGCGAAAAUACUUCGUGUUUUAUGCUUUCUUUUAAUUAAUAAUAUUAGAUUUUAAACUAGACCAUCUAAUAUCCCGACAGUUGCAUAGUUGAAUGGAUUUAGCUUGGUUAUAGAACGUAUACAGAUACCUAAUGUCGUUAAUUGCUCAGCUGUUAUCUGAUGUACGUCUGCUAAGAUUGAAUUUUUCUCAACGUUAGAUUCUCUUGAGUUGAACAUUAUCAAACCCUCGCUUAUUAUUAAUUGGGAAAUUAAAUUAGUUUGAAAUUCGCUGAUAUACAUACGAUUAAUAUGUUUUUUUCGAGAAGUCAGUUUGUGAAUAAAUUUAAUAUGAAUCAUUCAUAAGAUUUAGCCGUGUCUAGAAAAAUAGAUUCUUACAAUUACUGCAUAUAUACAAUAUAUAAUUAUAUGUUACACUUUACCUGAAUAGAAAUAAUGUAAUUAAAAUAAACAGAAUUGAAAAUAUCGUUCUCAUAGUAGCUUUGAUUUGAUGAUUAUUAGUCAGAACAUCUGAUGAUUGAAGUAAUUUUGUUAUAUCAAUGUUACACACAAUAUAAAUUAGUUACACAUUACCUGUUAAUUUUCAUUUCUGAUGUGUUGUUGCAAUAUGUUUGGCAGCAGAAACUUAUUGUUAAAAAAGCAAGUCGUGUAGUAAUUCAAGGUUACAAUUUCUCAAUUUCGACAAAACAAGAGGUUCGUGAAUGUAAUGGGCUAAAAGACUAAUGUAACAGUGUGUUGUAUGUGUAAUAAAAUGGACAAGA